ACUAAAAAUUAUUUGGAUUGUGUGAAAAAUCGAAAAUAAAACGAAAAUGUUUCCAUAUCAUCAGUUGCGUGUGCCGCCAAUUUUGGGCAAUCCAUCGUAUUUUCCGCCUUUUAUUUUACGGCAUAGUGCAUUUCCAUCGCCCAUUGACUUGUCCAUUCGUACAUUAACACCGAUAACACCGCCAACCACACCGUCGCCCGUCCAAUGUCGAAUGAAUAUCGGGGAAUUUGUGAAUAAAAAUUUGGACAUCAAUACGGUGGUGUCGAGUGCGCCGGCAUUUUGGAAAUGGGAACAAUUGGGACAUACAUCAGCAGGUGCAUCGGCGUAUUUUCACAAUUCGGAAAGUGCAUGCCUUAACACAUCAUCAUCAUCAUCAUCACCGUUAAUAAUGAAUAGCAAUGUGACCAUGAACAAAGAGAUAAUGGCAAGUGAACAGCGACAAGCGAAUCACAGGGGCGAUCGUAGAACAAAAGAUGACAAUCCAACGAAAACAACGACGACGCCGAUGAUGGUCGAUAGUCAAACGGAACAAUUUAGUUAUAAUUUAAGUAUUGAUGAUGACUUCGAUUCCGAUGAAGAUGCAUUCGUUGAUGUGUUGACACAAGAUGAUAUAGUUUUACCGCGAAGGACUCAUUCCGAAGUCGAUAUUGGUAAUGCAAACGAACCUGAUAUACCUGUUGUGUUGGUCAAUGAUGUUGACGACGAGGACAAUGACGACGAUAACGACGACGAUGACGACGACGACGACGACGAUAACGACGAUAAUGAUGUUGAUGGUAUUGUUGAGGACGAUGAUGGUGAACAAUGCAAUGGCAGUGCUUUGGAUCGAGACAAAACUUAUUACGAUGAUGAAAAGUUACAUAAAAAUGCAAUCGACGGUUUUGCCAAAUUGUUUGAAAAAACCUUGUGCAACGAUAUCAAAAAUCGACGUUUGGACAUUUUUGAUAAUAGUAAAUUGUCAACGCCGACGACGACGACGAUGACAAACACAAUGGAUGUAUCAACAGGGUCGCUUCCAUCAAGUAUAGUGCUGAAAAAGCGCAUAAAACACAAACGAAUUCAUGUGCAUGACGAUGAUAAUACGAGCCCAGUGUCGGGUACAAUAAUUCGCCGAUUACGAGAUGAUGAAGAGCUGGUGGUGCGUCGCGGUGAUAUCGAUCCCGCUUUCAAUGUUGUUGAAAUUACCGACGAAGCCAAAAAGAUCCUAUCGAAAAUUGAAAACAAAAUUGGCUCGUACAUUUGCAAUUUAUGCCGUGAAUUGUACAAUGAUGCAUUCCAAUUGGCCCAGCAUCGAUGCUCACGUAUCGUACACAUCGAAUACCGAUGCGCUGAAUGUGAUAAGGUGUUCAAUUGUCCGGCAAAUUUAGCAUCACAUCGUCGAUGGCACAAACCGCGCCAAGGUAAUAUGUCGCAGAAAGUAGCAGUGCCAGCAGCAAAUAUGAAGCUUAAGCAUAAACCAAAUAUUCGCACCAAUGAGAACACCAACAGCAAUGACAGUCAAUUGGGGAAUUUUGUGUGCAAAGAUUGUGGAAAAGCUUUUCGCCGAAUGGCCUAUCUCAAGAAGCAUGCCAUUGUUCAUCAGUAUUCGGUAUGUGAAAUGGAAAAACGAUUGAAUUUAUUGGAGUACAACAAAUUGAUAUCAGGGAGAAGUGGUUCGCAAAUGCCAACCCAAUACAAAACAAUGCUACCAGAUACGGCCGAACAACGGCAUUUGCAUCAAAUUCGGGAACUGUAUUACCAGCAACGUGAAUGUUUAUCAGCUUUUCAAUUCGUACAGCACCAACGUAUGGAAAAGGGGAAUAAAAGCAGUGAUCCAUAUCAAAAAGACGCAAUCGGAGUGGAUAAAUGACAACAAAUACUGCGGCCAGUGCCACGGCUCCCAACAAUGAACUGGCCGCAGACGAUAAACUCUCUGCAGUCACUGAACAAAGAUAUUACGGAAAAAAUGGAUUCACGUUCGUUGCCACCAAAUUUUAUAGCUUCCAAUACGCUCACAUUACAACAUGAAGCGCUUCCAUUCAACAACCAUAUUGGCGUCUAAUUGGAUUGGCAAUUAUAAUCCCUGUUUUUUCUUUUUCUUUUCGUUCUGAAGUAAUGUCAAACAAUAUAGCCAAUAAGUGAGGGCAGUUUUUUUGUAUUAAUACUUCUGAAGCCAAGUGCUUUGAAUUUCAAUGUAUAAAAGAGUGCAAACCAGUAAAAGUAAAUACCUUGAAGAAAAUAUAGAGAGAAGAAUAAUAAAUGUUAUCAAAUAACAAUAGAUAUUGACACAUUUUAGCCAGUUUCCAAUCUUUAUUCUACAAAUUUCCAAAUUCCAACAAAUUUAGAACACUUGAGAAAUUAUUUCCGAUCACUAAAUGUUCAACAAACGUAUUAUUUUAGUCGAAAUUUUGUAAAAAAAGAACACAACAACAACAAAUGUUUAGAACGACCAAAUGAAUAUCAAAAACAUUCGAUCCGAAUGCGAAGCGCAAAAUGAAAAGUUGAGGGUGAUCUGUGAGCAGAUUUGGCGAUGAUUACAGCACACGCUCUGCUAAAUUUGCAUAACUCAAACUCUAGUCUUAGAAUAUAUACAUUAUUUCUAUUAUAUGCUAUUGUAAUA